AGCUAAAGCUAGAAAGGUUGUCAUCAAAUCCAGACGCUUAUUUGCCGUAACUCAUUAGUUGACAUUAAUUUGACACUGUGUGAACACAUGAACAUGAACCCAAGGGAGACGUAGAAAUAUUUCCAGGUCGUCUCCAUAAACUUCUGUCGAGCGACUACUUUUUUACCUGGGGGAAAAAUCUAUACAGAGGCUGUAUAUUUGAGAGAUGGGCUCUGAAAACCCAGAAGACUUUGGUUCAGUUGUGAUCCUUACUGAAGAUGAUCAGCAAGAGAUUGGAGGGCUGAUCAACUCUGAUGGUGAAGAAGUGGAUUUCUCAGAUCUGAGAGUGAGUGCCAUCCCCGGUGCCAUACCUGCAGAUGCUCCCUCAAAGACAUUUGGUCCAAGUGAGAAUGAAAAACCGCCUUCUCUUCACACCUGCUCAGUAUGUGGGAAAGACUUUCCUUAUGCCUCUAAGCUUCAGCGUCACCUACGUACUCAUUCGGGAGAGAGGCCUUUCCCGUGCUCCAUGUGUGAGAAGAGAUUUCCAGAAAAGGGGCUUCUCAUGAUCCAUGAAAGGGUUCACACUGGGGAAAAGCCAUUCCCUUGCACUUUCUGUGAGAAAAGAUUUGCCAGUCAGGGGGAGCUCCGGCUACACCGGCGGACACACACUGGUGAGAGGCCUUACCAUUGCUCCAUCUGUCUAAAGAGCUUUUCUCGUCACUGGCACUUGAAAACGCACUUGGAGGCAAUGCACUCUGAGGUUGUUGCAGGCUUUACGAGGAAGAAAUUUCCCUGUUCAGACUGUGAGAAAAGCUGUAACUCAGCUGCUGAAUUGAGGGAUCAUCAGAGGACUCACACUGGAGAAAGACCCUUCCAGUGCUCUUUCUGUGACAAACGCUUCGCCUUGUCAGGUACGCUUGUAAGACACGAGCGCCUCCAUACUGGCAUCACGCCUUACCACUGCUCUGACUGCGGAAAGACAUUUGCACAGCAGUGGACCCUGACCACACACAUGCGGACUCACACGGGAGAGAAACCUUACAGCUGCACGCAGUGCGAUAAGUCUUUUGUUGCUCCUGGAGAGCUUCGGAGGCACACCAGGAUUCACACUGGGGAAAAGCCAUACACCUGCGCAGACUGUGGGAGGCACUUCUCAUUGGCAGGAACUCUCAGAAACCAUAAACGGUCAUGCACACAGAGCAAGAAGGAGUCAGAUACAGAGGUUGUAUCAGACUUAGUUCGGGCUGCAGCUGAAGAAUCUUCCCAGCGAGAUCAGGCCAGCAGCAUCAGCUCUGAGGUGUCUGUCAGUCAGACUGUGCCUUGUGCAACUGAGCCCACUUCCUCAGAGGGUUUUAAAAAAGCAGCUCAGUGUGAAAAUACCCCAGAAGGACCCAUCGGCCAGCCGGACGACACUGCUCCCACCCCACAUAUGAAUGUAAUCGUGAAAGAGGAGGAAGAAGAGGAACCAUUGUGCGUGGAAGAAACUCCAGAGCAGGUGUCUGUUGGUGAGGACUGUACCAUACCAGAAGAAACUGAAAAGCAGCGUCAGGAAAGCACCACAGAAAUUAGUAUUACAGUAAAGGAGGAAGAACAGCAACCUCUCAAUAUGUCUGGAAAAGAUCCCGAGCGUGUUGCAAACAGUGAAAAAGAAUGCCCUCCAUCACCGCCAGUGCGGGGAGAGUCAAAUAACAACAUACCAAAGAGCUCUUACUGCUGUGGCCUCUGCGGAAGAGACUGCCACAAGAUGUCUGCGCUUCAGAUCCACAUGCGAAUUCACUCUGGAGAGAAACCGUACCGCUGCACCUUGUGUGGGAAACAGUUCACCCAGAAAGGGCAACUCAAAGGUCACUAUAAAGUUCACACAGGAGAGAAACCGUUUUCCUGUCCGGACUGUGGGAAGAGCUUCGCCCACUCGGGGGCCAUGAACAGACAUCGGCUCACGCACACAGGAGAGAGGCCCUACCACUGCUCUGUGUGCGACAGGAGCUUCAACCAGUCCGGCCGCUUGAGGGAACACGAGAAAAUCCACUUAGGUGAGAAGUUUGACUGUCCUGAGUGUGAGAAGAGUUUCACACGAGCUUCAAGCCUAAAGAAUCACUUCAGGCUCCACACAGGAGAGAGGCCGUACGGCUGUGACAUCUGUGGGAGAGGCUUCAGCCGCUCACAAAGCCUGAGGCUCCACAGACGAAAACACGAGCAGAUUCAGACCGAGGAGGAGUCUGCGUUCAAUAUGAGGAAUGAUGACUUAUCACACAGCGAUGAUAACUCUCCAAUUAAUAUGUGCAUAACAGACAAGAAAGAUGGAUGAUGUAUUUAAAAGACAUGUACCUCUAGUAUUAUUAAGACUUCAGACAGUAAAACAGGAACAAGGUGAUGUGGAAAUAAGGGACUACCUCUGUGAUUAGAACUUUAUUCAUACUUUUGUGUGGUUUUUCACACUAGGGAUGUGCAGCACUAGUCGGGCAGGCGACUACAUGUUGCUUUCCUCACUAGUCAUCGCAAGAAAUGUUAGCGCUAUAAGCAAAAUAUUCAUAUUUCUUAAUGUAUAAUGCCAGUAAACUGUUCUAAGGUGUAGGUGUUAUGUAGGAGUGUAGCCCCAGCAGCACGCCUCUCUUUCUUUCUGUGACAAGAACCUGAAAGCAAGCAAUGUGGAAAAACAAGCAGACGACAGACGCACUAACCAGUGCGGUAUGGAAAUAUUUUGAUCUUUUAAAAAAGUGAACAGCUGCGUGUAGGCCAUGGCAGAAACUGCUACUGGAGCGGUGCAUGAACACAGUCUGCACAGACGUGUGGACGUUUACCUGCACGGACAGAAACAUUAGCCACACUUGGUAAACUAACCUUGUACACUAACGUUGUGUGGGCAGUGCUAGACACAGCUCAGCACACAUUUCAGCUGCAUUAUAAUAUGGAUGAACAUUUAAAGAAUGUGAUUAGCUGUUUUAAAUGGGUCUCAAGUACACAAGCAGUAUAUGUGCGUCUACUAGACUGAAAUUUUACUGUCACAAGUUUUUUUCUCAGAUUGGUUGACUGGUCCGAUUUUCUUUUCAUUAGUUUUUUUCCCGAAUUUACAUGAAAAUAAUACUAACUUUAAAAAAUUUAACUCCCUGAAGAGUGUAGACAGGCUUCUAAAUAGAUACACACCAAGUAAUGUUCAGUAACACCAACCAAACAUAUUUCUACUAAUUUAUGUAACAUCUUGGAAAGUGUUUAAAAUUCUAUAUAUUGGAGGUCACUUUUACCUAACUCUGUCACUGAUUACCUGUCCUGGAGCCACUGGAAUAGUCCACUCACACUUAUUAUUAUGAGUGACUGAUUUAAAAGUCUGUGAUUACACUUGUUUUUCAUGCAGUAUUUGUUAUCAGGCUAAUACUGUAUGUGGAAAUUUGGUUGAAAUUUUUUGUACUAAGCGUUAUAGUGGCCCAUUAAGCAGUUUAAGAAUCAGGUGAAUCUGAACCUUCUUUCAGACAUUUAGCCAGAAAUGAAACUAAAUGUCAUGAAAUAAUCAACAAUGAAGCCAGUCUUCUGUAAGUGGCGAAUGCUUAUUAAGUCUUGUUUUCGAUUGUUACUUAUUAGCCAGAUAACAAUUCGGGUUCACCUGAUUUUGUCGUCUUUUAAAGGCCGAGUAACCGACAUGAUUAAAGGUACCAUCCUCUAAUUCUGUGAUGCUAAAGGCAAUAAUUUGAAGCCAUGUAGGUGGUUAAUUAUGCCAUGUGCUGCCUCUGUCUAAAUGUAUGGGACAUGUCAUGUUGAACAAUAAAAGUUCUAAAUACUA